GCCAGGGUUGUGCGCACCUUUACCUGGCCUCCGCUCCUCCGAUGGUACAGCCUUCCCGCUGCUGCUUGUGCUGCCGCUGCUGCUGGGACACAAACACAGUGAAGCUGCAGCACACACCACUAACACACAGACCGACGGAGAGCAGGCAGCCAGCAGACAGACGCACGUAGGAAGGAGGGAAACGUACACCACCAUGGGCUGCUGUAACAGAAGGUGCGGGCUGAUAGCUGGAGCUGUGUUUGGGGCGGCAGUAGCCAUCCUGGGAGGCGUCCUGAUCCCUGUGGGCAACAAGAUCAUUCAGGAGACAGUGGAGAAGGAAGCUGUCAUCGAGCCAGGAACGACAGCUUAUGACACAUGGACAGCCGUGGGGGCAAAGGUGUACAGGCAGUUCUGGUUUUUUGAUGUGAAAAACCCGCUGGAGGUUGUGCAGCAUGGCUCGAGACCCGUGUUAGUGGAAAGAGGACCUUACACAUACAGGACGAGAUAUCUGCCCAGAGACAACAUCACAUUCAACCCCAACGAAACCGCCUCCUUUCUGAUUCCUUUCGGUGCCAUCUUUGAGCCGUCCAUGUCGGUGGGACCAGAGGAAGACGAGAUCACCUCCCUCAACCUCGCCCUUGCUGGUGCAUAUUCACUCAUUUCACCAGAGCUUCACUUGGCUUUGGAGAUUUUGAUCCGAACAACCAACGCGUCCUUGUUCCAGCGCCGGCCUGUGAAGGAACUGCUCUGGGGCUACAAAGACCCCAUGCUUAAAGAAACCGUGGGCCUUUUUCCAGAUUACAACAACACAUUUGAUGGCUACUACAAUGUCUACACGGGGAAAAACGACAUCUCUAAAGUGGGCAUCGUUGACAUGUGGAGAGGAAGCAGGAGCUUACGCUUUUGGAACAACACGUAUUGUGACAUGAUCAAUGGAACAGAUGCUUCCUCCUUUCCUCCUUUUUUGAAGAAGAAGGAGCCUCUCUAUUUCUUUACAUCAGAUAUCUGCAGGUCCGUGUCUGCCAGCUAUGAGCAGACGAGGAAUCUGAAAGGGAUUGAAGUCUACCGUUACUCCCUGCUGCCGUCCACCCUGGCCUCUCCUCUGGACAACCCGGACAACAAAUGUUUCUGCAGCAACAUGAAGACCACCAGGAACUGCACCUUAGCAGGAGUGCUGGACAUCAGCACUUGUCAGGACGGGAGACCCAUUUACAUCUCUCUACCCCACUUCCUGCAUGGCAGUCAGGAGCUGCGAGACAGCUUAGUGGGUCUAAACCCCCACGAGGAGCAUCAUAAAACCUUCUUGGAUGUAGAACCUACCACUGGUUUUACGCUGAAUUUUGCCAAAAGGAUUCAAGUGAACAUGAUGUAUGGGCCAUCAAAGGUCAUCACGGUGCUGAAGAAAGUCAAAGACUACACCAUAUUCCCUCUUGUUUGGCUUAAUGAGACAGCUACGCUGGAUGAUGAAACAGCAGACAUGUUCAAGAGAGAGCUGAUUUCUCGUAUCCAGAUGUUGGAGAUGGCUCAGCAGGCGUUGCUGGGUGUGGGCGUGGCCAUCUUCGUCAUCUGCCUCAUCUCCUACUGCGUGGUUAGGAGACGCAAUCACCAAAGCAAGUUUGCGUAAUCAAUGGAUGGUUUGUGGCGUGUAAAAGCACAGUGCUCUCAAGCUGCUAAGCAACAUCAGAACUUUUGAUAUAGACUUGCACUUUUUGUAAUUUGAGUGUUAUUUAUAAUACCAGACCUCCUUUUUAUUGCCAAGAAGGAGGAGGAAACUGUGAUUUUUUUAAAGCUCAGUUUAAUUUGGAACACUGUAACGUUUACUGAAUCAGGGAUUUCUUUGGGGGGAGAGAAGCUCCACUCAGCUGUCAGGUAAUCCUUUAAACCUCAGAGAAAAGAGAAAAGGGUUCGUUUGACAUCAUGUGACAGGAAUACACACAGCUCUACUGUCGUGCGAAUGUUCAUUUCCUUUGCUGAACUCACGUCUAUAAACAAAAUAAAAGUAGAAAAGGAGA